ACGGGGGUUACUUGGCAUUCUGGGACACAAACAGUGGUUGGUAUGAAUAGCUUUUUAGCGACAACAGCAUCCACUGUGGACGGCGACGUGAGAAAUAACACACAGCUGGCUGGAAAGGCAAACUGGUUCUCCGUGGCCGACUUCUGCGCCGUGGUCGCCGCCGUGUUGUCCGGAGGAAGCGGGACGGGAGGCUCAUUUCGGCGGUUUGCUCUGUGAAAUGCAGCGGUGGACUUUAUCCACGCAGCGAGCUAGCUAACGGCGGCAGUAAGUUAGCGUUACAAUGAUUUAUGCUAGUCUGUUAACAGGAUAGGGCAGAGCCGCUGGUGGAGUCGUAAAAGUUGCAGUCGGACAGCAGCUCAGCUCAAGCCGCCUCUGCCGCUCGUAUCAUUGGCUUGUUGUGACCCUGAUGCUGUCAGUCUCCCAGCAGCCCGUCUCCUCCCUGCCCUGACAGCCUCUCCUCUCUGCUGGACACACACUGCUCUCUUCAGCGCGCUGCCUCUGCGAUGACAACUGUGAAUAUGGCGUAUGUUUCAGACGGGAAAUAUAACAUUGUUAUUCAUAAAUCACUGAACUGGCACGUAACCCAUCUAGUGUACCCGAGAUAAAUAUAGUUGUCAAAUCCAACAAUUACUAUAAUGGCAACCGAGAUUGGAGGGAUUUAUCUCUAUGUUUCAUCACACAAUUGCUCUCACUGUCACAGAGCAAUGGGUUGCCAGUGCUGAAGCCAUCUGUUGUAGGUUCAGUCGUGCUUUGCAUUGCCCGUGUUGAAGCCCAGCAAAUUGACAUUGCUACAAAUGGACUUAUUUAGGAUCUAAAAACUUGCCAGUAUGAUUUAAAGUCAUAGCUGUGUUUGGUUCAGACGGUUCACCUGAGCCCUGCUGGUCCCCAGACCACACCUGAAGGCCGCCAUGUGGAUGUCAGGGUCCACAACCCUGCAGCUCCUCACCAAGAUCCUGAAGCAUGCAGUGGGUAAAGCUCAGAUCCAGCUCAACCGCUGGCUGCAGAGGACCACCACAGACGAGUGUGACAAAAUUGACAUCUUGAUAUGUAGCGCUUUUGAGGACAGAGGUGCCGGCUUGGGAAAAUCUGAUGCAGACCUCGAAGUUGUCACCGACUCCGGAGCGGUGACCUUCACAAGCAGCGGAGAAUUCAGACACCCGUGCUGCAUCACCACCUGUUGCUUCAAGAGCGCCCUGCUGGCAUGCAUCCUGACCGCUGUGUGCUUCUCCUCUUUGGCCCUGGUGCGCCAAUACCUCAAAGACCUUUUGCUCUGGGUGGAGAGUUUGGACAGCUUCGUUGGAGCCUUGCUGUUCAUAGUUGGUUUGAUUAUUGUGUCAUUCCCCUGCGGCUGGGGGUAUAUUGUUCUUAAUGUGGCAGCUGGCUACCUCUACGGCUUCGUGCUGGGAAUGGGACUUGUCAUGGUGGGGGUUCUCAUAGGGACCUUUGUGGCACACAUUGUAUGCAAGCGACUAUUGACUGACUGGGUGCUGAACAAAAUUGGGAACAGUGAACAGCUCAGUGCUGUAAUACGAGUGGUGGAAGGAGGGAGUGGACUCAAAGUUGUGGCCUUAGCAAGACUCACCCCCAUACCUUUUGGGCUACAAAAUGCAGUUUUUUCGAUCACAGACGUGUCCUUGCCAAACUACCUGGUGGCCUCCUCUGUGGGCCUGCUGCCCACCCAGCUCCUCAACUCCUACCUGGGCACCACGCUCCGCACCAUGGAGGACGUCAUCGCUGAGCAGAGUGUCAGCGGCUACUUUGUCUUCAGCUUGCAGAUCAUCAUCAGCAUCGGCCUGAUGUUCUACGUCGUACACCGGGCUCAGGUCGAGCUUAACGCAGCCAUCGCCGCCUGCCAGAUGGAGCUGAAGACCUCGCACAUGAACGGCUCCUCCACCAAUCACAGCAGCUUCACAUACUGCAGCAAGAGGGUGUCGGCCGGCGGGGGAAACUGCAUUAACGUGGUGUGACCGCAAAAGGCCGGGACUGAUAAAAUUUUAACCAGCUGUGCAUCUUGUCAAGGCGGUAGCUCCUAUGACCUGAUCACAAAAACACGAUUGCAUGGCUUAAGGUAACCCAUUGAGUUUCGAGGGGGUCCCUAACGCGAGAGCGACGUGGUGCGUCAUGUUGUGGCCACUUGCGUGAGAAGCCUUGACGGCAUACGUCUUUACACGGGCAGGGUUCUGCCACCGGUACAGUGCUGUUGGAAGUGUGCGACCGUGCACCUUUGUGAAAUCAUGCAAGAAAGGUUGCUGGGAGAAAUGGUUUCGUGGUACAUCAUCAUGGGAGUUUCGUAAAUUCUUUUUUUUCCUCUCUUUUCGAAAAGGUACUUAACAUUUGUCCAGCUCUGUUACAGGAGUUGUCAAGCUAAUGAUGAUGUUAAGAGCUGGGAGAAAUGUGGGAGCUGAGUGAGUGAGUGAGUCAUUAAAAAACAACAUAGCCAGGCAUGAGCUGCCAGCUAACAUUAUGAAUGUGCAAUCUGGAAAGUUCUAGAGUACCAAGGAAUUGUUUUUCCAUGUCAGUGUCAAAACAAUGCCAACCUAUGCACCUUUCAUUCAUACUACAUCUGUAUUUUUAUUUCAGGCAAUUUCCUGAUUCUUUUACGGUUUGUCUGCAUCUAGUAGUGAUUUACAUUAAAACUGAAAAGGGCAUUAUUAAUAUUUUGAAAGAUUUGGCGGUUUAGUCCAAUUGAAUUUUUGAAAGUGUCUUAUAGUUGGGCUAAAGUGUGGGGAAAAGCUCUCACCGAGCAUUACCAGCCUCUCUGAGUGUUGGAGUGUGUGAUUUCUGCUGGCUAAGGCCACAUCAGCUGAAUUGGCCCCGUCUGCCUGGGAUCAUUUUAGCGCUUCUGCAGUUUUGAUAAGAACAGAUGGAUGGGAGAGCAGAAUUCACAGCAGGAAACUCAGGAAUGUUCUGCCAGGAAAGCUGAAGUGCAGCAUGAUCCACUCCAAGGUAGCACAGCCAUUCUCUACACUUCUGCAUAUAAGGCUGGAGAUAUACUGUAUAUUCCCACACAGAUUUCAAACUGACAUGUCCAGCUUUUCUUUAAAUGUUUGUAAUUAUUUUGAUUUGAUUAGGAUUUUUUCAUUGGUUUGAUUUUUUCUUUUAAUUAGGCUAUGAGAUUAUCCAUUAGAGUAAUUACUUAGCUAUUGCUUAAGCUCUUAGUUUUGAUUUCUGUGCAAUACAAUGAAGAAUGGUGAUGAAAAGGCAUGAAUAUCAUUUCAGUGCUGAAACCAAACUAAUAAGAAAUGCUCAUGCGUCAAAAGAAUAACACAAACACAAGUCUGUGUUUUCACUAGUUUCUUUUUCUUUAGGUUUACUGACAUUGUAGAUGCAUAAACUAGAAGAGAUAAUGAAGAUAUUAUUUUCUAUGUGCCAUACUUAGAUAAUGCUUAACAGAUGCCAUGACACUAGCCCUACCUGAGCUGAGGGUACAUGUGACUUACGACUUACUUUAUUUUAUUACUAUGUAAUGACUAUUGUUGGUAAUAUGAACAAUGAUUAAUUUACAUGUGAACAAUUUCUGUUUUCUAGCUCUUAACAAUACAACAAUAAAGCUCUCGUAGGUUCUUUUGCACAGUCCACUUCAAUAGACAGACAAUAUUUUCAUAUCGACAAGCAAAACUAGGGAGGAGUUUGGUUCUUGAUGGUCAGAAGUUGUACAUGGUGUGUUUCCAAAGCCGACAAUCAAACACAAUAUGGACAUUAAGCGAUGAAUGUGAUGAUACUAUUAUUUUUUAUGACAUAUAUUAUUAUUGUUAUGCUGCUCCUCAGACAAGGUCUGAUUGAGGAAUAACAAGGGCUCCUAUAUGAAAUAUCCAUCUCUAUGUCCCAGUGUUUGUUCACACAAGCCUGUAUUGUAUUGCUGGCACAAACUGCUUGUUUCCCCCGUUAUCAUUGUUGUAAACUUUUUUUUUUUUUUUUUUUUUUUUUAAACAGAGGACAGAUUUAAUGUGCACCCAAACACAUUCCAUGCUGUCAGUCCUCUGAAAAGCUAUUUGAAUUGUUAUUUUUACACUAAAUGUUUUCACAGCUCACUGGUUGAAAGGGCCCCUUCCUGUCUGAAUUUAGCAAUAAUUUUUAAAAGUCAAAAGCAAAAAGAAAAAAAAAAAAAAAAAAAAAAGGAAAAAAGUGAUAGAAGUCCUAU